AUGCUUUUGGCGAAGUUGGCUGAGUGGAACCUGAACACUGCGUGUGCUGCAGUGACCAUGCUGCUAUGUAGGUGAGCUAGCGGGAUGCUGGUGAUCAUUGAAAGCAUUGACGCACCAUGGUAAAGUGGUCUCGAUCUUCAGACAAUGCCACGUGAGACACUACCUGCGGAAAGAUGGAAGACACUCGUGGCCCUUCAAAUAAUGAAUCUAAGACUUCUUGUUCGGUCGUAGGUUUUUCUUUUUUCUACAAAGAAAGUAGUCCACCGACGAUUACGAUACUCCCUGACACUAAAUUUGAGCGCAGCCUUCUGUGUUUUCAUUCAGCCAUAUGUUGGCUGGCGCGGACAAUCUGUCUCGUGCGGAACGUUUCAAACGGAGCGAAGUGUGGCGCGACUGCCUCUCUAAUCGGGAGAUCGCGAGAGGCAGCGCGAGGCUGACGCGUGAGCGCAAUCCCAAGCAACCGCCGCAGACAAACCUCCUCUCAUGCAGCGCUUUGUUUUUCAUACAGACGACACGCGCUACUCUGACGCCGAUGUCGUAGCCAUCGUCGCCGCAAAGCCAAUCUUGCGCGGCACUUUCGCCGUACCCUUCCCCUCCGCUUUCCUCCUCGCGCUCUCUUCGCUAUUGCCGCCUUUGAUCCGCGCUGCGCAUUCGCUCUUUCAUCCUUCGCUGUGCCAGUUCGUUACGAGUACGCUGAGGGACGACGCCGACACGCCGCAGGAACGGGCGCCUGAGAGCUGUGCUCUAAAAUACUUCUCAAGGCUCCCUUUCGACCAACUUGGACUUCCAUUGACUUUCAAUUUUGCUGUCUCUCGAGGCCUUGGCUCCGGGCUCAACCACGACUGUUAGCGGAAUCGGAAGCGAAGGCUGGCAACAUAGGAGAGAGAUGGCGGCCGCGAAGGAAGACAGUCGUAACGCUGUCUUGAACUAUUUUCUUUUUCUUUUAUCUAUUAAAGAGCGCGCUUCUUUAAAAUCUGUGUUCUGCGAAGAAAUUCCUAACGCGAAGAUGUCUGCCUUUUAACCUGUAAUUUAAUUUGCAACAUAAAUAGCUUGUUGCUCUAAUGUGACAUACGGGCAUAAUGUGACAUGCUGACAUACAUAAUGUGACAUACAUGCAGCCUUACUUAUUUUCUCUCUCCCUUGGAAAUUGUCAUGCAAAUUUUAUUUACUCAUUUAUUUUAAAUGUAUGCCACCCGCUUGGCCCAUCCCCAGUUGUGGGGUAUGCGCCUUGUUUUGGGAUCAUCAGCAUCGCCAAGUAGGCAGCCGAAGGAGCAUCUACGCUGGUGUCUUGCGCCCCAGUCACCUUACUACAGUGAUACGAUGGUUCACGAACGUGAAGAGGAGGAUUCCGUGGAAGACAAGUACAUAAUCACGGAAAGGUCGGCGAGCGGUGAAGACGAUGCGCCUGAAGAGGAGGGAGGUGCCAUGCUGGGCCUUGGCUCGAUGGCGUGCACCGUGUGCAGUGUCGCCAUCUUGUUCGUCUUCCUCACACUCCUGGUGGGCCUGCUGUUGAUGCCAGGAGCCUCCGGACCUGAGCACUUGAAGUCGGGAAACAGUAGCGACAAGGAUGCCGCUGGUUCUGGUGUGGUCCGCUUCAGGGCGCCUGCCAACCCGUCCGCUUCGGCUGCGACGCCACCGAGCGGCCUGCCAGACCACACGCGACAGCGACUGACCUCGGUUGCGAAAAGUUCUACUGCAGUGAGAAAGGAGAAGAGUACCACAGUGAGUAAGGAACCGAAGGAAGCUACUGCAGAUAAGGAAGGAAAUACCACGGAAGUGGCGAGCACCAAGUUUACUACAACGCCGAGAACGGAGAUACCUUCGCCGAGUAAAUCAGUUGGGACGACGACAACGGCGAAGCCCAUUCCGGUCAACACCCUGAUCUGCGUCCUGAACGCCGACAUGAAGCAGACGGAGGUAUCGCAGCUGCCCGAGGACGGCCUGUGCGAUCUCGUAUUCUACCAGGCGGACGAGAAAGGACACGCCAUUGUGAACGGUUCCGGCGGUUCGUUCAAAGCAAACCUCGAGCUCGUCGUACAAGCGGCCGCCAAUCACACCAAGACCGAAUACGGUCUCAGCUUCGACUAUAGUUCGAUGACAGUUACGCGAGAAUUGCUGUCGACCGACGUCGCCAGGACGACCUUGGAAGAGUUGUGGAAGAAGAAGAUCUACCACUACGCCUUUCUCACGUUGCCGUUCUUCCAUGUAACGAAGACAUUGUACAGAAAGGUGUUUUACUAUCUGAAGGAUGUGAGCAAGAUUCUUCACAAGGGACUGCCGCCAUCGCGACCGUGUUUCUUCCUUAUCGGCGAAACCUUCGUCUCCGAAGCUUGGUUGAACUACGCGUUUAAUAACAUCAGGGAAAGGAUGCACGUUCAUGGCGCGGUCGUGUACGGGCACAUGACGUCCGAUGACCGCGGCCAUGGUCAAGUCGUGCCACCAAGCUUCUGGAACUCGACGCUUAUAAUAAACAAGCAAACAUACGCAUAUAAUUUGGAUUCGACGCACUGGGCUCUCGGAAAGCUUGCGCAACAAAAGCUCGGCUACACGCGGUUCUUCCUUUCGGUGACAACCGGCGCCCGCUACUACGCGCCCGUCACGGACGCCAAGUAUGAGAUCCUUGCCGCCACCUACUACAACAAGGACGAGCCACCUUACAUCGACAUUGGCCAGGUCUGCAAGAGCAAAGACUGGUCAGCGGGCUUUCGCGAGGAGAGCCCCACUGGUGCCUAUUACGCCAACACGAAGAUCCAAAGGAUGGUCACUUACGACAACGAGAGGUCGUUUCGGGCGAAGUUAUGCAAGGGCAAGAGUCUCAUAACCGCGGCGAAGUACGGCUUCGCCAUCUACGGCGUCAACUUGGACGAUCCGGGAAACGUGUGCGGAAACGGCGCCUACUCGCGCGUGCGCUACCUUAAGAAGUUGAUGCACUUCUUCAUCGAGAAGUUUAACAGCGCCAACGAUUACGAUGAGUGCAUGUGGCAGUAAAGUCAGAGUAAAUGAUUGUUGAAUAAUUGAGCGACUUCAGGUCACCAUGACCGCGUAUUAAACAAUUUUCAUCGCCGA